UCCAAGUUUCAAGUUGCAGUCAAGAACAGAUCAACAGUCUCCUUUCUCUAGUCUGCAUAUGCUGGAUGAUCACUGGUCAGAACUGAUCUUUUUUUCAUUUUCUUCUGUUUCCUGAGGUUUUGAUUUCACUAGAAAUGAUUAUGAAGAGGAGGCAUUACGAAUUCGCAGUCGUCUUCUUGCUCUUUUUGGUGUUCUGCUUCAUAUUCCAGAUCAAUUUAUCUUUUAUUUCUCAAUCAAGAAAUGUAAUUCUUUCAUCAAACAAUAAUCCAGGAAAAGAACGUUUCAAGCUAAAGACGGUGUUCGAGCAGAAUCCAUUACCAUCACAGCCGCCACCGUCUUUCUCUUUAUCGCCUCAAGCCAGAAAAAUUAACUGCGACCGAUCCCACAAAUCCUAUGAUCUCUGCACUAUCAGCGGCCCAACUGUCUUGGACCCCACCGUCGCCACAUUCUAUCUUGUGGGCCACCAAGGCCCUACCUCACCACCGUACAGCGUGGAGAAAAUCAGGCCUUACCCAAGAAAAUGGGAGAGUUUCACGAUGAGCGGAAUCAGGGAGCUUACUCUCACUUCAAGCCCACCAGGCCCAUCAUGUGAGGUCCAUCACAAUGUCCCUGCCUUGGUAUUCGCUGCGGGAGGCUACACCGGCAACUUUUUCCAUGAUUUCAAUGAUGGAAUCAUCCCCCUAUUCAUCACCAUUCAUUCUGUCUUCUCUGAAAAUCAAGAAUUCGUCCUUGUCAUAUCAAAAGCCCGUGAUUGGUGGGUGAGGAAGUAUGCAGAUUUGUUACAAACUUUUAGCAAACACCCUAUUAUAAACCUUGAUAAUGAUUCCUCCGCCCAUUGUUUCACUUCUGCAACUAUAGGCCUUGUUUCUCAUGGAUUUAUGACCAUUAACCCUAAGUUACUACCAAAUUCACAAACUUUAACCCAUUUCCGUUCCUUUUUGGAUAGAGCCUAUGGCCGCCACCGCGGUGAAAACCACGCGACCACAGUCAAUUCUUUGAAACGGAGACCUCGACUAGUGUUGAUGAGUCGUAGUGGUGGUGUUGGACGUGUGAUUUUGAAUCAAAUCCAAGUAAAAAGGAUAGCUGAAAAGAUUGGUUUUGAUGUUACCAUAUUUGAACCUACAGCUAAUACUCCGUUGUGGCAAGCUUAUGCAGUUAUUAAUUCAAGUCAUGCAAUGGUUGGGGUACAUGGUGCAGCACUUACACACUCGUUGUUUCUUAGGCCAGGAUCGGUGUUCAUGCAGGUGGUGCCUCUAGGGAACGAAUGGGUGGCUGAAUAUUGUUUUGGAAAUUCAGGUAGGGCCAUGGGAUUAGAGUACAUGGAGUAUAGGAUUGAAGUGGAGGAAAGCAGUUUGGUAGAUAAGUAUGAUAAGAAUAGUCUAAUGUUAAAGGACCCAAUUGCCUUUCAAGGGAAAAAAUGGUCAAAUGAUAUUAUGAGCAUAUAUUUGAAAGAGCAAAAUGUUAGACUGGAUUUGGCUCGGUUUAGGGAAUAUUUGAAGAAUGCAUAUAAGAAAGCUAAGAAGUUUGUGGACAAAGAGGGAUAG